GAAAAGUAAAAAGCUUAGUUUUACACUCAAACAUAUACCUAUUUCAAAAGCGCGAUAGACAGCACUAAAGCCAAUUUAUAAAUGUCUGUGGAAAAUGAAAUAACCUACUUCAAGGAUCCGCAACUGAAGGCGGUGCCUCUUGUAAAAGGGAAACCGACCCCGGAGGAUAAAUUCGUCUACAUCGGUCGUUGCCACCGCACGAAACGUGAUAUCACGUUAUGCUAUCAAACAUUUGGCAACCCACAAAAUCCGUGCAUCUUGCUAAUCUGCGGACUCGGCUCAACGUGCUAUACCUAUCCCAUUGUAUUCUGUCAGCAGCUGGUGAGCAUCGGUUUCUACGUUGUGCGCUUUGAUAACCGCGAUUAUGGUCUUUCCACGCAUUUGAAUGGCCUCCCUACAAUUUCAGGGCCUCGUGUAAUUCUGCCCGCGUGGAUGUCCAUUGGUGAGGCAAAACUGCCCUACCGCAUUGAGGAAAUGGCGCUCGACGCCCUGAACCUUCUUACGGCGAUUGGCAUCUCCAAAGCGCACGUCAUGGGCUCCUCCAUGGGUGGAAUGAUCGCCCAGCGUGUUGCGAUUUACCAACCCGAGCGCAUUCUGAGCCUAACCAUUCUCUUUUCCCACUGCGGCGGCCCUAAUGUGAAGCCCCCAUCCCCGGCCCAGGGACUGUUUGCCGUGUUUGGCAAGCCCAAAAGUGAAUCCAUUGAGGACAUCGUGAAUUUCAAAAUAAAGCUGCUCCGGCUCAACGCCGGCAACCUUUCAUUCGACGAGAAAGAAUGUAUCGAGAUGAUCCGCACCACAAACAACAGGAUGCUGGAUUACCGAGAAGGGGCAAACCGCCAGUUGUGGGCAAUUAGACGCUCAGAGAGGCGUGACAUCGCCCUUCAGGAACUGCGUGGCGUUCCGACGCUGAUUAUUCACGGUUUGAAGGAUACGCUGGUGCCGUACGAAAAUGGGAUACACCUCGGGGAGUUGAUCAAGGACUCGAAGGUGCUUCUCAUUCCCGAAAUGGGCCAUUCAUUGCCUAACGAAGUAAUCCCUACUAUCGUGGAAGAGCUGGAACUGUUGAAGCGAAAAACGGAAAUGACUUUGUGA